GCCGGCAGCCGCCUCGGGGUACGGGCUCCGCGGGGAGCCGCCCGCGGCGGGAGGAUGUCCGUGGCGGGGCUCAAGAAGCAGUUUCACAAAGCCAGCCAGCUGUUCAGUGAGAAGAUAAGUGGAGCAGAAGGAACGAAAUUAGAUGAAGAAUUUCAAGAGAUGGAAAGGAAAAUUGAUGUUACAAACAAAGCUGUGGCAGAGCUUCUGUCAAAAUCCACAGAAUAUCUUCAGCCAAAUCCAGCAUACAGAGCCAAGCUGGGAAUGCUGAACACUAUGUCAAAGAUAAGAGGACAAGUUAAAACUACAGGCUAUCCUCAGACAGAAGGACUCCUAGGAGACUGCAUGAUACGGUAUGGCAGAGAGCUUGGCGAUGAUUCUAUGUUUGGCCUUGCGCUGCUGGAUGCUGGUGAAAGCAUGAAGCAAAUGGCAGAGGUGAAGGACUCGCUUGAUAUUAAUGUCAAACAAAAUUUCAUUGAUCCCCUACAGUUACUGCAGGACAAAGAUUUAAAAGAGAUUGGGCAUCAUUUGAAGAAACUAGAAGGACGGCGUUUGGAUUAUGAUUAUAAAAAGAAACGUCUUGGAAAGAUACCAGAUGAAGAAGUUAAACAAGCUGUAGAAAAAUUUGAGGAGUCAAAGGAACUAGCUGAAAGAAGCAUGUUCAAUUUCUUAGAAAAUGAUGUAGAGCAAGUUAGCCAGUUGGCUGUGUUUGUAGAAGCAGCACUAGAUUACCACAAACAAUCUACAGAAAUACUGGAGGAUCUGCAGAGCAAGCUGCAAAACCGAAUAAAUGUAGCAUCUAGUCGGCCUAAACGUGAAUUUAAGCCCAAACCUGUAAUAACUACAACUCUGGAAACUGGUGAUAAUCAGCAGCACAAUGGGAUUGGUUAUAGCUCUUCUAUAAAGUCAUCAGGUUCUUCAAUGCACGUGGAUCAGCCUUGCUGCCAAGCUCUCUAUGACUUUGAACCAGAAAAUGAAGGCGAGCUUGGGUUUAAGGAAGGGGACAUCAUAACUUUGACCAAUCAGAUUGAUGAGAAUUGGUAUGAAGGGAUGUUAAAUGGAGAGUCUGGCUUCUUCCCAAUUAAUUAUGUUGAAGUGAUGGUACCCUUGCCUCAGUGAUUGUGUCAUUCAAGCUGUGAACAUGAUUUCAUGACUGAAAUGGAUUCACAAAUGUUGUCAGUGUGGCAUUCUGUGAAAGCCUUGCUAUUUGACUGACUUACUGACUUUUGUAUGCGUCUUUUUAAAAUGUAUUUAUUUUAUAUUCCAAAAAAUUUUACCUUCCCUGACACCAUCAACCUGCAAAAAAACCCAUACCCAGUUUUUUUGCUUUGUGCCUUGAAGAUCACUGUAUGAAGUGUUUACUGGUAGCUCACUGUUGCUCCCAAAAUGCAUUUAUUUGCUAAUAUUGUACAUGGUUUUGUUUCUUCCUUUUUUUUUAAAAAAAAAAGUCUUUUGUUGCAAUGAUUUUACUAUUAAAAACAAUUUUUAAAAAUACUGUAAGUGAAGCUAACUGCAAUGAGUUCCUAAGUUACUGAUAUCAUUGAGCCCUUUCCAUCUAUCACACUGUAAUUUAUUGUGAACAAGUUAAUCCAUGUUUCACAUUGUAUGUUGACAAAAGGCAAAGUGAUUGUUGUCAAUAUUACGAUGUUGUUGUACUAAGUACAAGUUCUCAGAAUUGAAGAUUCCUAUAAUUUGCUGACCAAACUUAAUAAAUAUGUCGGUGGGAUAAGAGUGGUUGCCACUUCUAUUCCUGUA